AUGUGCGGAAUCAUCGCUUUCUUCGACUUGCUGAAAAAGUACCAAGGCAACCCAGAGAAACUCAAAGAACGUUUGACGGUGUUGGGGAACUUGAUGAGGACGCGAGGCCCUGAUAGCCAAGGUUAUCAUGGAGGCAAAUACUUUGGAAUGGCACAUCAACGCCUUGCUAUCAUGGAUCCCUUGCACGGAGACCAACCCUUCGUCUAUGAGGAGCAGGGUUAUGCACUUGUUGCCAAUGGCGAAAUCUACAAUUUUCAAGAACUGAUUUCGAAGCACAAUCUUCCACAAAUGCAAACUCAUAGCGAUUGUGAACCUCUGAUCGCUCUAUAUGAUAAGCUUGGAAAUGACAUGGUCAAGGAGCUGAAUGGCAUGUUUGGAUUCGUGAUUUCCAAGAAUGGUGGGGAAGAGAUCUAUGCAGCGAGGGAUCAUUGUGGUAUCAAACCUCUUUACAUCGGAUACGGCAAGGAGGGUGAAAUUUGGUUCUCAUCCGAACUGAAGGGGAUUGUCAAUGAAGACUGUGAGAAAAUUGAGGAAUUCCCGGCGGGUCAUUAUUGGACACGUUCCGAAGGAUUUCGCAGAUACUAUCAACCUGCAUGGGAUCAUGAUGACUUCGAGCCCAAAGGAGAUUGCUCAAAAAUCAAGAAGGUGCUAGAACAAGCUGUGCGAGAUCAGUGCAUGUCCGAUCAACCUUUUGGACUGCUUCUUAGCGGAGGCUUGGACAGUGCAUGCAUCGCAGUUCUGCUUAAGCCAAUCAUGCAGGAACUUGGAGAAGAAUUUCACACCUUCUCAGUAGGUAUGGAGGGGUCCCCUGACAUCACUGCUGCCAGGAUGAUGUCUAAAUUCUUGGGAACCACUCAUCAUGAGCACCUUUUCAAUGCAGAUGAGGCUUUCGAACAUGUUGAAAAGGUUAUCUAUCACCUCGAGACCUAUGAGCCUGAGCUUAUCCGAUCUGCCAUUCCCAAUUAUUUCCUGGCUCGCAUGACUUCUCAAUAUGUCAAAAUGGUUCUCACUGGAGAAGGUUCUGAUGAGCUUUUCGGAGGCUAUCUGUACUUCAGGGAUGCCCCUGAUUCGCGAACGUUCCAUCGGGAGCUGAGGAGGAUAUUCCAUCAUCUUCAUAACGUCAACUGCCAGCGAGCAGAUCGAAUGACAAUGGCUCAUGCUCUUGAAGCUCGUGUACCUUUCUUGUGCCCCAAUGUCAUCGAGGCGAUCAUGAAUAUCGAUCCCAGCUUCAAAACCAUUACUAAGGAAAGGCCGGCUGAGAAGCAUGCACUUCGUGCUGCCUUUGAAGGAACUAUGCCUUCUGAGGUGCUCUGGAGGACCAAAGCCAUGCAAUGCGAAGGGAUCGGUAUGACUUGGGUUGCAGAACUGCAGAGCCGGUGUAAUCGCCAAAUUUCUGAUGAAGAAUUCGCUCGAAGAGAUGAACUCUACCCGAUCAACACCCCUGUGACGAAGGAGGAAAUGUACUACAGAAAGAUCUUUGAGAAGUACUACAAGGGCAUGGACAAAUUUGUGCAAGUUUGGGAUGGAGGUUGUCGGGCUGGAGGAGCAGCUUGGAAGACAACAGCCUACACGCGAGAGGGUCUGAGAGAUGUGAAGCAACUUGCAAAAGGACUUGGCAUCGACACCAAUCACGUUGACGAGCACAGUGAAAAGCUGGCCAAUUUUCAUGGGAAGGAUAGUUUGGGUGACAACACAAUUCAAACUUGA